AUGCAGCUCGUCCUCCGUGCUGUAGCUUGUCUUGGGAUAAUAGGAAUAAUUGCUCGGGUUUACCUUCCUACAUCAAAGAGUGGCCUUCCUCUCCCACCAUCCCCUCCCACUUGGAGACUUCGUGGACACUUACUGCCGCCUCGCAGCUCAUUUCUCACUGUAGCGGGAUGGAUCGAUGAAUACGGUCCUCUAAUCACCAUUCGGUCAGGACUUGAGAAGAUCGUUAUUAUCGGCCGUUAUGAAGCCGUGGUAGAUAUCAUGGAGAAUCAGGGCAAAUCACUAGUUGAUCGUCCUCGCAGGAUUGCUGCUGGAGAAAUGUUGAGCGGCGGAAUUAGCAUCGCCUUUGCACCCUUUGGGGAAAGGUUUCUUCGCAUGCGUAGAGUACUUCAUACGCAUCUCCAACGUAAAGCAGCUGAGGCUUAUCAGCCCCUGCAGAUGUCACUCGCGAAGAACACUGUCCUUGACAUCCUUCAUGAUCCAUACAACUUCCAGAACCAUGUGACAACUUAUGCUAUGACGACAAUCACUAAAGUUGUGUAUGGGAAGACUACGCCCACGUAUUCGACUGAUCCUGAAGUCGUUGAGAUUAACGAACUCCUCAGGGUGUCUAGAACAAUCGUCCGUCCUGGUGCUUACCUGGUGGACACGAUCCCUUGGCUCAAAUACCUUCCUUGGUAUGGCCGAGAAUUAAAGCCGUGGUUUGAGAGGACCACGAAAUUCAACAUGGGUCAUCUGAACGGCGUGAAAGAGCAAAUGCAGAGCAAUGUGAACAUCGGCCCUUCGUUCACGAAAUAUAUGCUAGAAAGUGGCAAUCUCUCAGAGGCUGAAAUGGCCUCGCUUGCUGGUGCCUUGUUUGCAGCUGGAUCAAGUUCGACUUCUUUAUCGAUAUGCACGGUGCUCAUGGCAGCCUCUUGUUUCCCGGAGGAGCAAACUAUAGUUCAGGCCGAGCUUGAUGCGGUCAUUGGAAGGCACCGAGCGCCGACCUUUUCCGACCAAGAAUCCCUUCCUCGCCUGUGCGCCUUCAUUUCUGAGGCUCUGAGAUGGAGACCCACUGUUCCUGAUGGAUUGGCUCACCGAACAACCCAAGACGUGAUUUGGGGAAACUAUUGUAUUCCAGCGGGGACUACAGUAUUCGGCAACCAAUGGUCCAUUUCUCGAGAUCCAGAAGUCUACCCUGAGCCUUGCGUAUUCAAGCCUCACCGCUGGAUUGAUGACCAAGGUCGCCUGAGAGACGAUCUAAAAUUAUUUGUCUAUGGGUUUGGCCGGCGUGCAUGUCCCGGUCAACAUGUUGCAAACAGAUCGGUAUUCAUCAACUCGCUUCUUAUUCUUUGGGCCUUCCGGCUUGCUCUCGAUCCCACGAAGCCGUUGGAUGACAUGGGGUUCAUGAACGUGGGGAUGUCAAAACGGCCGUGCGCAAUUGAGUUUGAGACGAGGAUUCCGGAAUCAGAACUCAGGCGCAUGUUGCAGAAUUAUCCUGAGGUUGUAUGA